GUCUUAAAAGAAGCUGGAUCUAAUUAUGAUAAAGUCGUUGAAGUAACAAUUUUCUUACAAGAUAUUAAUGAGUUUAGUGAUGUAAAUGAAGUCUACAAAGAAUUUUUUAAGGAGAACUAUCCAGCUGGAUCUACAAUCCAAGUUGGAAAGUUACCAAUGGGUGCAAAAUUUGAAAUUGAAGUUAUUGCUGUUGUUGGCGAGGUAGAAACAAUUUGAAUAUUAUAAGCAAAAUUAAUUUAAAUGUUAUAUAUUAAUGAAAUACGUUUGCAUUUAAGCAUUUAAAUAUUA